GGUAAUUGCCGCGUACUGGCGUUUCCGAGCUAUUUCCUAAUUGCUGACAAAUGUUUGGAGGGCCACACGAUCUUAAUUGUCCAACAUGUCCCGGAUAUGGGUCUCUGUGAACUGCUUUGUUACAACGAACCAAACUGCGUCAGCGUUAAUUAUGAAAUACAAACACAGAUACGGUGUGAACUGAAUAAUUCAACACACCGAGCGCACGAUGACGACUUUUUAGAGAGGAGAGGCUGCUUAUAUCAUGGAGCAAUUGUAAGUUUUUUGGUCUUGUCUUUUCGUUGUCUCUUUUUCUUUCAUGAUCUGCUUUCAUCAUCUUCAAGGCGAUCAUUAUCUCAUCAUAGUCAUCAUCAUGAGAAGAGACGUCAUCUUCGUCAUUAGGGAGCUUAAGCAACUACGACGAUGGCGGUGGAGUGAACGUCUCUUAAAAAGUUAACUCAAGCUGUUUCAAAAUUCAUCGCUCUUUUACCAUGUCGCGAUUUGUCAAAUGUUGGUGAAUUUUUCGGGUGUUAAAUUCUAAAGGACUGCAUCUAAGUUGAAAAAAAUAGAACCAUUUGUCCAGAAACGUGAAAUUGGGUAGGACAUGAAACGACACAAACGAAAUGUACAGUGAAGCGUUAUCCACAUGCAAAUAUAAUUUUUUAAAUUUUGUAAACUAUACCUAUUUGCUUUUUCGGCGUUUUCGUUGUCUUCGACGUCGUCGUUGUUUAAGCUCCCUAUUAUCAACAUCAUCUUUGUAAUAAUUAUCAUUGUCAUCAUCGUCAUAGUCAUCCCUUAGUUUAUAGUUGACGCUCGAUCAUGAAGGUUUAAUUGGCGUAACUUCUGUUGCAAAUCAGACAUGAUUUUUGUUCUUUAAAGAGUGCUUGUGAUAAUCCCCGCUGCCAUAACAACGGUACCUGUCAGUCUGGAUUCACAGAGAAAAAAUAUCGGUGUUUAUGUCCUUUUGGUUUCACUGGUGAACACUGUGAGAAUGGUAAGUUGUUCUUGAAAGUUUCUUUUAAAGCAACUGAUUAAAUCAAAGGAUUUUAAAUCGUAAUAAAGAUAAUUUGAGCCGUCCAUGUCAUUUCUCACGGCAGUGUAUGAAACGAGCGGUUAUUUUAAGAAAACGUUUAAAUACUAUUUUCAACGAAACUUUUGCAUUAUGUUUUAGUAAUCUUGUUUGUGUUUCUUUGUUAUUCAGUUGAGUGGCGUGUUAAGGGCUUCUUGUUAAGUAGUAGCAUUUGGUAAUUGAAAGCUAAUCUUCGAUAGCCUCUCAACUGUAAAAGAAGAAAACCUGAUAUGGCCUGAGCCUGAGUAAUACCUGUAUGCUCUUUGCUAGGAAGUUCAUUUAUUGAGCUCGCGAGGGGGCGGAAAGACUUCAAUGAAAAAUGCUCGUCUGAAAUUAGUAUUAAAACCCCUACAGGACACUAAUCAGGGCGUGGCCUUUUGCUCUUAGCUGUAAUUGACCCCUUAAGAAAUACCAUGGAUCAUGAAAGUAUGACGGCAUUUGUCUUUUUAUAUAUGGGCAUUUCUUGAGGAAAAAACCCAAACUCAUCCUUUUUAGCCCUCAGCGAUACCUUAAUGGGUAAAACACUGAAUUUCCACCCUGCAUACCCUAAGUGUGACCACUCGAGCUUCUAAGUCCAGUGCGAGCCGAUGAAGUCGGUUGUAUAUAUUUUUUUGAUAACUCACCGUGAGCAGCUAAGGGAGAGUUUUAACCAAAUAAAAUUUUCCAGGGAACAUAAGUGACAUACAAAGAUCAAGAAUGUCAAAUGUCGACACUGUGGGUCCAACCAUUAUGGGCUCCUGCCAUAAUCUUUUGCUGAAUAUGCAAAAAAGUUCUAAUUUUCUCGUAACUAACUAAGUUUAUGGGUGAAAGUGAAAAAAAAAAACAACAACAACAACAAAAAGCAAAUUAAACAGUAAGUCAAUGUCUUAACAGACAGAGGAAAAUCUAGCUUUUCUUUGGAUUCAACACCGAUUUUGUGACUUGCUACUUAUACUGUUACUACCUUCCAGUAACCUCUUCUCUUGAUUUCACUGUAGAUGUAAACGGUGGAAUUAAAGUCUAAAACACACAAAUGCAAAAUACGUUUGUUUCUAUUAUCGAUCAAUAUGAUUUCAGACAUCAAUGAGUGCAAAGAAGGAACCCACAAUUGCAAUUCUAAUGCGGUUUGUAAUAACACCAAAGGAUCCUACAACUGCACAUGCAAACCAGGAUAUGAAGGGGACGGAAAUGAUUGCACAGGUGAUAUUUUUCCUAAUUUAGUCAUUUUGCGUGCCAUCGAAAGCAUUGCCGUUUUUAUUUUUCCGUAGUAAAAAGAUUAUUAAUGAUUAUUACUUGUCAAGUGGUUGACGAUGUUACCUCAGUCAAAAUUUAAAGCGGAAUGUUUUAUAACGCUUAGUACAGUGUACCUUGUAUUUUCAAUGUUUUGUCAAUCUCCUCGCGCAAGAAUCUUCAUUUUUAAAGGAGGUGAGAUUUCAUGGAAGAAGAAGAAGAAGAAGAACAUCAAUGACCGGCAUCAGAAACUUUGCUUUUUUUCCUCAUGUAUUUCUUUUCAUACUACAAACUAAGCUUGCCAUGCAUUGUUUAAUAUGAUUUCAGACAUCAAUGAGUGUAAUGCGGGAACUCACAAUUGCAGUUCUAAUGCGUUUUGUAAUAACACCAAAGGAUCCUACAACUGCUCUUGUAAGCCUGGAUAUACGGGAGAUGGAUGGACCUGUACAGGUAAAUAA